GACUCGACUCGACCCUUCUAAUGAGAAAUAGGGCAUGUUUACUGAGAGCUAACAUCAACAACCUUAUCAAAAUCAACUGCUCUUUCUGUGCUGUUGUGUAUUUAAUCCCUGAACCUCACUCUUACUCACCUUCACGAUGAAGCUGCUCACACUGGGGUUUAUGCUGCAGGGAUCUUGGUGCUUGGCCUUUGGAGAAGUGGUAGACUCUUUUAAAGUUUCAUGUCCUGAUUUCUUUAUUGAAGAUCCAUCAGACCAGAACGUCCACUACCCUCCCACUGUUCUUAUCGACAGUCAAAAUCCAAACAGAUACAAGCAGAUUUGUCAGAAAUGGAGAGACUCAUACAGAUACGCCACUCUGUACGACACGGAGGGCAGAAUUCCUGUCUACUCUGCGUAUUACUAUGUAGGAUAUCACAAGGUACACAAAGCUGAAUGGAAAAUCGAACCACAGCUUGAUGACCCCAAUCAACAACCUGAAAUGGCACGAGAGGGAGAGGAACCGAUUAAAGACCUCGGCAAAUUCCAGGCAAUAUAUGAUGAUUACGCAUCUCAGUCAGUUUACACCAGAGGGCACCUUUAUCCACGCUGCCACAAUAACGAUCAGGAUUGUGCUAUUGCCACCUACACACACACCAACGCAGUUCCACAGACUCAAGAAGACAACAACGUGUGGGCUCACCGAGUAGAAAGAAAGAUGGAGAAACUCAUAGCAGAAACUUGUGACAGGGGUUUUGCACAUGUUGUGACUGGAGCAGCGCCUGGACAGACCUGGAUGAAGAUCAGGAGAGAUAACGUCCCUGUCGAAAAUGGAGUCAACAUCCCCGAAUAUUUCUGGACUGCCUACUGCUGCCAUGACAAAACAAAACCGAACGAUCUCCAGUCAGGUGCCUGGUUUGGCAAUGUUCUAAAGAAUAAACUGGUUGUGCGGAAGGUGACGGUGGAGCAGCUGGAGCAGGAGCUCUCAUCUCUGUAUGGAAAACCAGAACAAGAGUUCAGAUUUCAAGUGUUUGGAGGUUUGUGCCAAGGGAGUAAAAUCACCACAUUUAUUUAUAAUCUGAUUGACCUUUCUUUAGCCUUUUUUUAGUAAUUAUCCCUUAACCCAAGUAUCAGUGUUCCACUUCCUGUCCUGACAGAAGCACAUGCUAUUCGAUUUUAUUUCAAACUGUUCAAGGAACCUAAAAUACAGGUACAUUUAUGUUGGAACAGAUACUACUUUGUGGUUGUCAAUAAUAAAUAAAUGAUUAAACAAACCAAAGUAAAUCAUUAAAAUCUAA